UGAACUGCUGCCCAGAGCUGAGCUCUAGAGCUGUAAUACGCUCAGCAGUCUCGCCCCGAGCUCUCGCCCUGUGGACCUAGCAGCUAGACCCAGGGUGUAGCUCCAAGGUGUGUUCCCAUGCAGACCAAGCAGCUCAUUUGUCGGAGCAUUUUCUGUGCCGACAAGGAGCGGCGUGAGAUGCAAACCUUCAGGUUGGGGAAGCUGCGCUUCGUGCACGAGCCCCAAAGAAGUUCCUUGGUACAGCUUGGCACAGCUUCUACGCGUGAGUAGCGCUUGAGGCAGAGAAUUGUACGAGAAGAGGUGCCUAUCAUCGCGCUCGCUUCGUGGGCAAAACCUUGCUCUUGGGACAAAACCUUGCGCCAGUGUCGGCCUCCUCAGUCAGCACUUUCCAACUUGCCAUCAAGUAGCGACCAUGAAGACCUCUGCCCUUGUCCUUGCCAUGGCUGGCGCCGCCGCCGCUGCGUCGGCCCCGUGUGACCCGGCGGCCUUGACCACGAAGCUCUUGCCCGUUGCGGGUACGCCGGCGUUCGCGGCGUGCGGCAAGGACGCCAGCUUCGACCUUCAGACCGUCAUCACGGGUGCCAUGCCGACGGACGCGCAGGUCAAGAUGAUUCUCGCAAGCACCAACUGCCAGGAGCUCUACAAGUCGCUCCAGACGAGCAUUGGCGCCUUCACGCCCGUCUGCUCGAUUGGCGGCGUCGAAACGACGGCCGUGAGCGCGCUCGAAAUGUCCAAGGGCUUCGAGCUCAUGCUCAAGGCCUUUGCCAGCCUCGCCGGCGCGACCCCGACCAAGGCUACCAAUGGCACGGCCAACUCCAACUCUACGAUCAAGGCCACGACGGUCCCGACCGCGGGGUCGCAGGCUACCGCCACGAGCACGCCCAAGCCGACCAGCGCGGCCUCCUCGGUCGUGCUUACCAUGACGGCCGUCGUCGUCGCCGCGGCCCUCCACUAAGCGAAGGCAUGACCCAGCCAGUGCACUACGGCGUAGUAGUAUGACUCCAUUCACAUCAAAUACAUUGCCAUCGACCUUUAACGCGUCAAGAUCGUCCCUGUCGGCUGCAUAAAGUGCGCCACGCGGUGCUGGCCCCUACUUUAACCUAGGGUUAAACGUGGGUUGCAUCGUGGUGUGCGCUUGCUUGCGACAGCUACAUAUCCCAA